AUGGCUCCCGUCGAAAAGCUGGCUACCGAAGCCGCCGACGCCUCCCAGGGCUUCGUCUCCCGCGCUCAGCGCUUCAUCGAGGACAACCAGAAGGCUAUCCUUAUUGGCUGUGGUGUUGCCGCCGCGGCCGGUGCUGGCUACUACCUCUACACCCAGCGUGGCUCCGGCAGCAGCGGACCUAGCUCUGGCAGCUCCGGUUCCGCCCCCGCUUCUGGAAGCAGCAAGAACAAGAAGAAGAAGAAGAGCAAAAAGUCGGAGAAGUUCCUGAAGGGUGAGGGCACCGAUGGUCCUCUGCUCGAGGAGAUCAAGCCCAAGCCGGCCGAGAAGAAGGUUGAGGAGAAGGUCUCUGAUGACCCUCUUGACGGUGUUCCCGAUGCCGCCGGUCUUGCCGCUAUGAGCGACGCCGACCGCAACGCUCUCGGCGCCACCCUGAAGGACCGGGGAAACAAGCUUUACGCCAAGAAGGACUUCAAGAAGGCUGUCGAGUGCUACUCGAAGGCUAUUGAGGUCUCUGUCAAGAAGGACGCUGUCUUCUACUCCAACCGUGCUGCUUGUUACACCAACUACUCUCCCCCUGAGUACGACCUCUGUGUUAAGGACUGCGACGAGGCUCUUAAGCUUGACCGCACCUACGUCAAGGCUCUCAAGAGGAGAGCGACUGCCCUCGAGCGCCUCGACCGUGACGAGGAGGCUGUCAGGGACUUCACUGCGUGCACGAUCAUUGAGCGUUUCCAGGACGAGGCGGCGGCCGCGGCGGUCGAGAGGUGCUUGAAGAAGCUCGCCUCCCGCCGUGCCAAGGACAUGCUCGCCACCCGCGAGCCCAAGCUCCCCUCGCCGACGUUCAUCUCCUCGUACCUCGCUGCUUUCCGUGACCAUCCCAAACCCUCGCUUCCCGAGAACCCGUCGCAGGGUGACCAGACUCUCAUGCUCGCCUUUGACGCUCUCUCGUCGGCCGACUACCCCCACGCCGUCUCGUUCACCAACGAGGCCAUUGAGCAGGGCAUCUCCACCAAGCACCUCCAGGCCGAGGCUUACAACGUCCGCGGUACCUUCAAGUUCCUCAUUGGUGACUCUGCUGGUGCCAAGGAGGACCUCGAGAAGUCGCUGGAGCUUGAACCCACCUUCGUUCAGAGCUGGGUUAAGAUCGCCAGCGUCCACAUGGAGCUCGGCGACGCCGUCAGCGCUUUCGGUGACUUCGAGACUGCCAUCAAGCACAACCCCAACGACCCCGACAUCUACUACCACCGUGGCCAGGUCUUCUUCAUUAUGGGCGAGCACCAGAAGGCCAUUGACGACUACCAGAAGUCGAUCGACCUCGAUGACAAGUUCAUCUUCACCCACGUCCAGGCCGCUGUCGCCCAGUACAAGAUGGGAGAGGUCGCUAAGAGCAUGGCCGCUUUCCGUCGUAUCCUCAAGCAGUUCCCCGACCGCGGAGAGCCCAGCAACUACUACGGUGAGAUUCUCCUCGACCAGCAAAAGUUCGACGAGUCGGUUCAGCGCUUCGACCGCUCCAUCGAGCUUGACAAGGACCGCAAGCCGCGGAACGUUCUGCCCUUCGUCAACAAGGCGCUUGCCCUCUUCCAGUGGAAGCAGGACAUUCAGGCCGCCGAGUCGCUGUGCAAGGAGGCCCUUGAGAUCGACCCCGACUGCGACGUCGCUGUUGCUACCCUCGCCCAGCUCUCUCUCCAGCAGGGCAAGAUUGACGAGGCCAUCAAGUGGUUCGAGAAGAGCGGCAAGCUCGCCCGAACUGAGGGUGAGCUCGUCAACGCCAUCACCUACGAGCACGCUUCGCGCGCCCAGGCUGCGUUCCUCAAGAACUUCCCCGAGUACGCUGAGCGUCUUGGACAGAUCGCUCAGGGCAUGUAG